AUGGAGACAAACUCGACUGGAAAUGGAAGAUCACUGAUCGCCGUAUGUCAACUCACUUGCGGUGAUGACUUGGAGAAGAACUUUGAAGCCUGUAAGAACAUGGUCGAGAGAGCGUCUGCUCGAAGUUGUAAGAUGAUAUUCUUCCCAGAAUUCUUCGACUUCGUUCCUCGGGAUCCGCAGGAAAACAUAAGCUUAGCAUCAGAGGAGAACGGUCCUUUUAUGGAACGCUUUAGGUCUCUAGCGAAACAGCAUGGUGUCUGGAUGUCUCUCGGCGGGUUCCACAAUAAGGUUCAUGUUUUCAUU